AUGGCGACGAAGGCCACGAUGCCACCCAGGAUUCCUCCUAUCUGUGCGCUUGAUAGGGAUCCGCUUGAUCGGUCCGGAGGUGGUGGGUCCGUGGUCGGAGCAGCGGCUGGCGGGUCGGCCGGGUUGCCAUCGGAGUAUGAUGUCGGUGGCCCGCUCCCUAGUGUAACGUUGGUUGAUAGCGUGGUAAACAAUGAACCACAUGAACUUGUCGAUAUCGUACGGCUGCGCCUGACACAUCCAAAAGACCUGCAGGCAGGCUGCAAGGCAUUGAGGCUGGCCAGUGAGGACCGACAGCGUGGUGCCAUGAACAUGCAAAAUGCGCACAUGAUUCUGCCCAUCAACACUUGCGAUAAAUGGGGACACUAA